CUGUAUAAAACUGGUACAAUGCUGCACAACCUACAAAAUACACUAGAACUGCCAGGCGGAAGCGAUGGUGAAUCCAUGAAUGGAAACACCCCCAAUGGGACCUGCUAGGGGCCGGGCUGGCUUGCCCUGAUGUUUGCUGUUAUUGCAGCUCAAGUACGUAAACACCUGUCACAUAUAGCAUUAUUGGCAGCCAGCCCAGGCAGCUGGCCCUUGCCGUCGUAGACCGGUUGACGGAAAGCGGUGCUGCCGUCUUCCGCGAAAGCUCAACAGGAGGCAUGCUGCACACCAUUGGCAGCGGCGCUGCUGUACACUACCUAGCACAGAACCCUGGGGGCCGCAAAGAGGCUGAGGUGCUCGCCGACUUGGAGCAGGCCCAGGAGGAUCUGCGCAAACGCAAGGCGCUGGACCACCUCGACAACCUGCGUGGCAAGGCCAUCGAGCCUUUGUUUUGGGACUUCCGCAGCUCGGUGCAGUUGAACUUGAGCGCUCAGCACAAGCCGCUGGUGGAAAGAUGCCACAACUUUUUCGACCUCAACAACCUGCUCACGUCUUUGCGGGGUUGCAGCGCGGCGUACGAGGAACUUCUAAAGGCCAGCGAGCCCUUUUGCGAGGAAUACGACCUGGUGACGGAGUUUUGGGUCCAGUGCGCCGACUUGGAGGACCUUAAGUACGUGCGCAACCGCGAGGUGCACUGCUCCGUCGCCGACAGCGCCAACUUUAUCAGCUCAGUCUGCGACGAUUUUGAAGCUUUCCCGGAGCUGGAUCAGGCCUGGGCCAUGAUUGAGGCUCUGGCGAACUACGGCGGCAAGCACGCGUCGGCGUUGGACGCUGCCGCUGAGGCGCAGCGCCUGGCUGCAGCCAAGGUCACCGCCAAGUUCAAGCAGCGCCGGCAGCAGAAGAACCAGCACAUGUUGUAGCCCCACCAAGCAGAGCAUUUGUGGAGCAAGCAGCAGUCACAUGCAGAGCAUACGCAACGCAUACGCAGAGCACAAGCAUACGCAGAGCAGAAGCACACGCAGAGCAGAAGCACACGCAGAGCAGACGCAUACGCAGAGCAGAGGCACACGGGGCCCGGCAGGCCGCCCAAUCCGCAGGGCAGCACCAGCCCUCGCAGGGGGUACACCCGGCCGCAUCCAACGGCUCGCGGCGCACGCUCGAAGACCGCAGCUACAGAGCGCUUGACGGGCCCCCCAGGGGCGCCGCAUUGCCCAGGGUGACGCCACUGCCCAGGCGAGCUAGGCCCGGCGACUACCCGCCCCAGGGGCAGCAGCAGCAGCAGUGGCUGGCGCUGGAGGUCGGUGGCGGUGGGGCGGUGGCCGGAGCAGCGGGAAACCAACCCCCGCGCAGUCGGGCGGCCGUGCAGGACACUCCAACCUGAGGCAGGCCCUGGACCUGGCUGCCCACUCUCCGGAGCGCGCCCAGCCACCAGCCCCGCUCCACAGCGGAGCCGGUGGAUCGAGUAGGGGCCCACACCACCUGCAGGAGGUGUACCCGCCGGUGGCGCAGCCAUACCACCUGCCGGCACAACCCUAUCUACCCGCCGGCGGCCGGAGCUUACCCACAGGCAGCCCAGCCGUACCAGCCGGCCCAACAGCAGUACCAGCCCGGAGCGCCGCAGUACCAGCCGGUGUACCAGCAGUACCACCCAGGGGCGCCACCACACCAGCCGGCGCACCAGCAGCACUACCCAGGGGCGCCGCCACACCAACUGGCGCACCAGCAGUACGUACCACCCGGGGGCGCCGCCACACCAGUCGGUGGCGCCGUACCACCCACC